UUUGCAUGUAUUUGUGUUUUUGUGUCGUUAGAUGAAUCCUCCUUAGAUGAUUCGGCCUUGAGCACCGAGUCUAGUGACCAAGUCUCUGAGAGUGCAGGUGCACCAGAGUCCCAGGCUGACCAGCCUAAACCGAAGCCACGACCUAGAAAAGAGGCUUCCUCACCUCCCUUGUCACGUUCUGAAGUGCCUGAGAGUAAGCCCACUGACUCACCUCGGGGUAAAAAACCAGUCCGAAAGGAACGCGAAAUAACCAGCGAGCCCCUACAAGAGGCUGAAUCGGCCCGCCUCAGUCCAUAUGACUUACCCAUGUCUAAAUUACCAUCGACUAGUACUGAGUCUAUCCACCAUGAAGGUACUCUGACAAGAAAACAUGACUGGGAGCACGAGAACAAGAAAGCCCACAACAGAUCAUGGGACAAGGUGUAUGUAGUUCUCAAUGGAAAUGUGUUGUCAUGUUACAAAGACAAGAAGAUAGCCAAACAGGAUCCUGGCAGUUUGAUCCACCAUGAACAACCAAUCAACUUAUCAGGUGCCCAGUGUAGCAGAGCCACAGAUUACACCAAACGGCCCCAUGUGUUCCGACUCAAGCUCACCAAUGGAGGAGAGUACCUGUUCCAUGCUAAAGAUGAUGGAGAAAUGGACUUGUGGAUUCAGAAAGUCAAUUCAGUGACAGGAGCAGAGGGCACAAGUGUUCCCUCCAAAUCUAUGACUCUUCCAGCUCGCAUGGAGGGCGAGAAGGAGGGCAAGAAAAAGAAAUCAGGCUUCCUUACUUUGAAGAAGAAAUAGACAACCACACUAUACUAGGACUUUAUUCUAUUGAAUCUCGGAGAGAGACGGUUUUAGAAAUGGAGAUUUGGAUUCAUAUUUAAACUUUUAAAAGUGUUGAAAGGGAUGUAGUAUUAAAAUGGAUUUUUUUAACUUAUUUAUAUUUAAAUUUUUUUGUACACUUUAAAUCCUUUAAACAGAUUACAUAAAAUCAAAUAAUUGUGUUAAAGAUUUCAUGAAAGGAUAUAUGUUUACUGUGUGUAGUCCAUUUUAAUGUAUCGUUAAGGUUGCCUCUUCAUUUUGUCACUUUGCUCCUUAUUGGGGUUUUCCUCUUGGCAUUUGGACCAAUUAAAUAUUUAGGUCUGAAUAUGAGUGAUUGAUUGCAUUAAAAAGGGCAUUUUAGACCUUUAUGUGUUGUGCUUCUAUUGCAAAUCCUCCUAGAUGAUUUGUCCUCAUCUGUGGUAUAUUACAUAACAUUUUCAUUAAGUGCCAUGAAGGAUGUGUGUAAGAAAUAGUCCUCAUCAGUGGCAGAAGUAGGAAUAUAGAGAGAAGUAGCCAUAGCUGAUGUAGAAUUUCAAUGUAUUCUGGGAAAUGUGCAUUAUUGGUGUCUUCGUCUACAGUCGUGAUUCCAUAUAACCAUGUAGAUAACGAUCAUAAAUGUUCUCUUUGAAGAAAUUCUGGAUUUUUUUCUAUUUGGUUAAUCUCUUAUAUGACUGCCUUUAUAAAUGUGUAUCUUUGCAUUAUGUAAUAACUGCACUUUAUGUACAGAUGUUGUUUAUACCUUUACUGAACAAUUAUAUUUCUUUUUAAAAAGUGAUUAUUUAAGAUUUUGCUUUCUAUGAACUAAAUUUGUUGUGCAGAUAAUAAUUAACAGAGCAGCUAGUUAUUGUUUGAAUAAUGCUUAUUUUGUAGUUGAGUUUUUGUUUUUUUUAUUAUAAAUCACUUCCCAAGAUAUAUUUGUCAGUUUUACAGUUCUGUAGAAGUAGUUCAUCACUUGUAGUUUUAACCACCUUCUUUAUCAGAAUGAGCAUGUAUAUCUGCUUGUCUAAAAAAAAAACAAGUCCUCUAUACCGGUCAUCUUGCCCUUCAGAAAAAUGUGUUACUUAGUGUCUCAUUAUUUCAUUUGCUUGAAAAGUGGUGUCACAUACAGACUUUAUGUUCAAGUACUUUUUAUUUGGCAUUCAUAAGGAUCCUUGUUCUUAGCUUGCUUCAAGGAAGGUGACAGGCUUCAGAUUUUUUUAAAAUAAUGCUUAAAUCAUGAAUCAGUUGAAAAUAAAAUGAUUGAAAAUUAUUAAA